UAAAAGCUUGUGCCUUUUUGCAUAAUACCUCACCUCACCCAAAUUAUACCAAAAGAAAUGGCUUCCUUUAAACCUAUUGCUAUCUUUUUGUUGGUGGGGUUGAUGCUCGGAGCUUCUAAAGCUCAGCUAUCUCCCACUUUCUACGCCAAGUCAUGCCCCAACGUGUUUAAAAUUGUGCGAGCUGUCGUACAAAAAGCUUUAGCGACUGACGCCCGAGCGGGCGCUAGACUCAUUCGCCUUCACUUCCACGACUGUUUCGUUGAUGGGUGCGAUGGGUCGGUUUUACUAGUGAACCAAUCAGGCAUAGUGAGUGAGCUUGGUGCUCGUGGAAACGACAAUAUCACAGGGUUUAACAUAGUUGAUAACAUCAAAGCUGCACUCGAAAAGGCUUGUCCUGGCGUCGUUUCGUGUGCUGAUAUCCUAGCCAUAGCUUCCGUAGAAUCCGUGUACUUGUCCGGAGGGCCCUUUUGGAAGGUUCAAUUGGGAAGAAGAGAUAGCCGAACAGCCAACUUACAAGGCGCGAUGGAUGGCCUUCCAAGUCCCUUUGAGAAUGUAAGCCAACUUAAAGACAAGUUCCGUAGAGUGGGUCUUGAUUCUACUGAUCUUGUGGCUUUAUCCGGUGCCCACACAUUCGGGCGCUCAAGAUGCCAAUUUUUCGACCGAAGAUUGAACGUUUCAAACCCAGACAACACCCUGGACGCCUCAUACGCAGCCCAGCUCCGCCGAGCAUGUGCGAGAGGCAGAGACACUUUCGUGAACCUUGACCCCACCACUCCCGACGCCUUCGACAAAAACUACUUCACAAAUCUUCAAUCCAACUUCGGGCUUCUGGGCAGCGACCAGGUCCUGUUCUCCACCCCCGGCUCGGACACCGUGGGCAUCGUCAACACCUUCGCCCGCAGCCAACAGCAGUUCUUCAACAGCUUCGGUCAAUCCAUGAUCAACAUGGGAAAUAUCAAGCCAUUAACUGGAAAUAAGGGAGAAAUUAGAUCCAAUUGCAGAAGACUCAACUAAACCAACAAAAACCUCCCUUUUUAUAUAUAUAAAUAUUAAAAACAAUGUUGUGGUUAAAAUUAAUGCAAUCAGCUGAAUCUAAGACAUGGGUCGGUUGCAGCUUAAAAAAAGUGGGAUGAGACAUAUACUCGUUCCAUGUACGUGUGUAAUUUCGUUCUACAUAUAUUGAAUAAAAGUGCUGUCUUUAUACUUAA